CAUGCAUGCUUGUUAAAAUCCAAUCCAACCCAAAAAUAGAAGAAAUCAAUAGACUCUUAAGACUUCUUUGACAACUUGUUUAGUGAAGGAGAAGGAAAUAUACAAAAUUGUGAGUGUGUUGGGUAGAAAGGAAAUAGAAAGCAAGUUGUGGCAUACAGCAACUGCAUUUCAAUUUCCUUAUCGUUGCUCUCCAAUACUAAAAACAGCAAGUUGUGGGGGCGUUGCUUGAAAAAAUAGUAAAGCACAAAAACUACGUACGUUGCUCAACGUUGUUAGUAGUUUGAUACUUUCAAGAGAAAUAAUGACAAAUGAUAUUAUUCGGGGUCUGAUCACAAAAGUAAUCUGGAAUGUAUUGGAACUCAGAUGCGUGGUUUUAUUGAGUUUCUUCUUGCAAGUAUUCCUUAUAUUUUUUGGCAACAGAAGAAAGUACAUAGCCAAUACAUGGCUACAUGUCUGUGUCUGGUUGACCUAUCUGUUGGCAGAUUUGGUUGCUACCUUUGCGCUGGGCAAGCUUUCCAGAGACAUAAAUCCUUCAACAGACCCCAAUUUCGUAAUCUGGGUACCCUUCCUUCUUGUGCAUCUCGGUGGCCCUGACACAAUCACUGCCUACGGCCUCGAGGAUAAUGAGCUAUGGCUACGACACUUGCUUGGGUUAUUCUCCCAGCUUGCAGUAGCAAGUUAUGUUGUUUACAGUUCAUGGAAUGGCAACAACCUUAACUAUGUUACCAUUCCAGUUAUGGUGGUAGGAAUAAUCAAAUAUGGUGAGAGGACUUGGUCCUUGUGGUUGGGAAGCAGCAAGAAGUUCAGAAAAUCCAUUCUCCCUCCUCCAGACGCUGGACCAAAUUAUGCCAAAUUCAUGGAUAACUACACUGCAAAAGAAGCUGAAGGAUAUAAAGUUGAAUUGAAGGGGGAAUGGGAAUCUACGUCCAUACUAUUGGAUCACCCACCAGGGACAAUAGCAAAUGAAAGUGUACCAGAUGCUUUGCUUUUACAGGAUGGAUUCUAUUUCCUUGAAAUUUUCGAGUGCCUAUUUGCAGAUCUCAUCCUUAGCAUUCAAGACCACCGAAGCAGCCAACAUUUCUUUCAGAACAGAUCAUGGGAACAUGCGUAUAAAGUAAUUGAGGUUGAGCUUGGAUUGAUGUAUGAUAAGCUAUAUACAAAGGCAGUGGUAACAUACUCUCGCCCCCUUGGCCUUGUCCUCAAAUUUGUGACCUUUUCCUGCACCCUCUUUGCAUUUAUUGCAUUUUAUUGUCUGAUAGAUAAAGCACACAUAGAUUAUGACCAAAUUAUUACUUUGGUGCUUUUCGCUGGGGCUAUUUUUCUUGAGAUAUACGCGGUCAUUGUUUUACUUUGUUCAAGUCAGACCAUGCAUUGGUUAAGCAGCAAGCAUAAGAGUAGGAAAGUGGAUCUUCUCUACAAGGCCAUCGCAUGUUUUCAAAGGUGUUUUCAACUCUCUCACACUAAGAGGUGGUCUAAUCUUAUGACACAAUUCAAUCUCAUUAGUUUCUGCUUGAAAGAUGAGCCAGUCAAAUGCAUCAACGUCCAGAAAUUUCUUGGCGUCUAUGAGUUUUUCGAGAAGUCUUACUACCAACACACACAUGCUGUCCAGGAGGAAUUAAAAAAACUCAUCUUUGAACAGAUUUUGGACAAGUCUUGGGAUGCAAAAGACACCAAAGCAUGUAAAACAUUAUGUGCUCUCAGGGGUGAUCGAGUUCUUCACAAACGGAAAUGCCGUUUCAUUGACUGGAGCACUGAGGUAGAGUUCGAUCAAAGCCUUCUGCUUUGGCAUAUUGCUACUGAUCUUUGUUACUAUUCAGAUAAAUCAAAAUCAGAUGAAUCAGAUGAAUCAGAUGAAAAUUGUAUGUUAUGGCUUUGGCAUAUUGCUACAGAUCUUUGCUGUGAAUCAGAAUCAGAUGAAUCAGAGGCAAAUUGUGCUGCCUGGCUCCAAAAUUAUAAAAUAAGCAAAUUCUUGUCAGAUUAUAUGUUAUAUCUUCUUGUGGAAUGUCCUUUUAUGUUGCCCAACGGAAUAGGGCAGAUCAGAUUUGAGGACACGUGUGCGGAGGCCAGUGAAAUUUUGCAAGAAAGGAAGUACAUUUCACAAAGAGAUAAAGUUUGCCAAGUGAUACUUCGAGUGAAUACAGAUGUUCUACCAUCAAAGGUUAAAGGAGAUAGAAGCAAGUCUGUGCUCUUUGAUGCACGUAGGCUUGCUAAAUCGUUACAGUCUUUAGAAACGAAAAGGAAUUGGUCGAAAGAAGAGAAAUGGGAAAUGAUAAGUCAUGUUUGGGUGGAGAUGCUGUGUUAUGCAGCAAGCCAGUGUAGAGGGCUUCAUCAUGCCAAGCAGCUAAGCCGAGGAGGUGAGUUGCUCACACAUGUCUGGCUGUUAAUGGCUCAUUUGGGUAUAACUGAACAGUUUCAGAUUUCACAAGGUCACGCAAGGGCAAAGUUGAUUGUGAGCUAAAGUUGUAUUGGUGAAUAUGUAUGGUUGAAGUUUUUGUCACUUCCAUUAUUGUGCUCACUUUAGAUUUCCUAUGCCUUUCCUCUAACUCAAAACAUUUUUUAAAUCCAGUGUGUUUCAAGGUCUUAAAAGACGGUCUUGAGGUUUUUGUGGCGUGUCCAGACUACAUGAUCGAGUUGUGUUCUAAUAAUAUAAUAGUUUGUACUCUUUGUGCUUAAUUUAUUCAACAAUGAUGGUACUGUAUAAUGACGCACAAUAUUUUCCAGUAGUGUGCUUUAGCUUGUACUUUGUGUUCAGCUUCAUCCCGCAUGACACUGUAUAAUGGUGCAAUAAUUAUUGAUUUGUGACUGCAUGCUUUGACUGUUGGAGGUUUUGAGCUUAUUAAACCUCUCAUGAAA